GUAAACGUCAAAAGUUAUAAACACGUGUGGUCUGUUUAUUUACAGUUUUUUUCAUAAAAUAAAAGAAAAUGCCCAAAAUUAAAGCAGAAAAGAAAACUAGAAUUCACAAUGAGGUGGCUAAACAAGGAAUUAUGUUUAACAAAAGCUUUGGCCAACACAUACUCAAAAAUCCUAUGAUUAUAACCUCAAUGUUAUUAAAAGCAGACUUACGACCAACAGACACAUGCCUUGAAAUAGGUCCUGGUACAGGAAACAUGACAGUAAAAAUAUUGGAACAGGUCAAACAAGUAGUAGCCUGCGAAAUUGAUACAAGGCUAGUUGCUGAAUUACAAAAAAGAGUACAAGGUACCCCAUAUCAACAAAAACUGCAAAUUUUGAUAGGGGAUGUUUUAAAAACUGAGUUACCUUUUUUUAAUAUUUGUGUGGCUAACGUGCCCUAUCAGAUAUCUUCGCCUUUGGUGUUUAAGUUGUUGUUACACAGGCCUUUUUUUCGCUGUGCAGUUUUGAUGUUUCAGAAAGAGUUUGCUGAAAGACUAGUGGCCAAACCUGGUGACAAAUUGUAUUGUAGGUUAUCAGUAAAUACCCAGCUUUUGUCCAGGGUUAGCAUGUUAAUGAAUGUCGGUAAAAACAACUUUAGACCCCCACCGAAAGUUGAAUCCGCGGUGGUUAGGAUAGAACCCAUUAACCCCCCUCCUCCAAUAUCUUACACAGAAUGGGAUGGUUUAACGAGAAUUGCUUUCAAUAGGAAAAAUAAAGUAUUAGGAGGCAUUUUCAAACAGACUUCAGUAUUAACAACAUUAGAAAAAAAUUACAGACUACAUUGUAGUUUACAUAAUAAGGAUGUUGAAGAAGAUUUGGAUUUUAAAUCUAAAGUAGAAGAAAUAAUUAAAUCUAACAGCAGAGAAUUGACAAGAGCAAGGGAAAUGGAUGUUGAUGACUUUAUGGGAUUAUUACACGCAUUCAAUAAAGAAGGUAUUCACUUCUCAUAAUAUCUACAAUUAAAGGUAACUUUAUAUAAGUAUAAAAAUAGUUAUAUACAAAUAUCUAUUAACAGUUUAAACAUCUUUGCACUAAAUUGUACAUAACUAGAAUAAAUAAAUUAUAUUGUUAACUGAGCUUUUUAAUUAAACCUGAAAAAAUAUAAACAA